GAAGUAGCAUGCUCCUUCAUAUUCAGGCCUCCAUCACUCACUCUGUCGCACCAGGAUUUGAGAGCAAGAGGCCCUGCGUUUGCUCCGUGUGCUAUCUCCAGGGGUAACGACCUGUCAGCCCUCGCAUCCCUAUCCUUCGGGAUCCGAUUGCCAGCUUCACGUGCUCUAUGUGGGCAUUUCUUUCUCCAAAUCGUCAGUUUCUCUUUGAGGAAUCUAAAACUUUCUAUCGACAACAGAUAGGCUAGAUAUUGAUAAGGAACGGCGAUUCAUCUAAACGCCGGGAUUCCCACCAUGGUCUUUGGAUACGAGUUCGUGGAUCUGGACCAUGACCAGAAACAUGCCCGGAGAGUCUUACUCGAAUGGUAUCCUUUAAUGGCGCAGUUAUCGGCCCUGGUUGUUCUUGCUUUAUUCGUAUGCGGCGGCAUCCUAUCCUUCCUGGCACGACAAGGGCUUGACUAUGAACGGCCGAGGUCGCCUUCGUUCAGCAAGCGAGCGGAAGGGAAAUCAACGUGGUUGAAGAAGUCCUGUCAGGGAAGCAUCAAGCUUUCAUGGUGGAUGAAGAAACCCGUAGCUGCCAGCUGGGGAACGCGGGGAGAAUGGAUAGGUGGUGGGAUCUGGAUGGCAUGGCUGUUGUAUCUUUCAAGCGCUCAGACCAGCAAUGACUAUCUCCAUCUCACAAAACGUUUCGGAAUCAUCGGAGCUUCUCAGCUUCCGCUCCACUACCUCCUGGCCAUGCGGUCACCCUAUUCGCCAAUACAACAUCUCACACGAAUGUCUCAUGAGCAACUGAAAGCAUCCCACCAGGUCCUAGGCCGGAUCAUCUACUUCCUAUUCUUCCUUCAUGCAACCUUCUACAUGAACUUCUUUGUCCUAUCUGGGUUCCUUGCGAAGCGAAUCAAGGACAAGGACGUUAUUAUCGGGAUCCUCAGCAUAAUUCUACUCACCAUCCUAAGUACUACCGCUCUUGAGCCUCUUCGAAGAUGGAACUACCGAGUUUUCUUCACUACACACGUCAUCAUCGCCAGUACAAUCCUCGUCCCACUCUAUUUUCACGUAACUCAUAUCAGAAAGUACGUCGUUGAGACCAUUGUAGUUUACACCAUUCAUCAAGUCUUCCGGAACCUUGGUAUCAGAAGAUAUUCUGGGACUAUCAAGCUCCUCCCCGGAACCAAUCUUGUUCAGAUCUGCAUUCCUUUGGACACACCGGAAGUAGCAUUCGGUUGGAAACCUGGGCAACACGUCUACCUCAGCCGACCCUCAGGGAAGUCAUCCGCUGGGUCAUUAUAUGGUCAGCUCCUCUUAUGCAACCAAGCAAAUCCGUUCACUAUUGCCUCAAUUCCAGCAAAGGAUGGGGAACUCCUUCUAGUAGCAAGGGCCUUGAAUGGUAACACUAAGCACCUGGAAAAGCUGGCCCGGUCUCUAUCUACCCACAAUGGGACCCAUGCCAGCAUUCCACUCGCCUUAGAAGGACCCUAUGGCGCAUCAACCCGCUUACCAGAUUUCUCUACCUUCGACAAGGUCUUGCUAGUCGCAGGUGGAGUCGGUGCAACAUUCCUCAUGCCCAUCUACCGCAGCAUCGUCGAAUCUCCUGACGCAGGCCACUCAUCAGUGUCCCGAACCCGGUUCAUCUGGGCAGUUCGCAAGCUCGCCGAAACGCAAUGGGCAUUCCCCGCACGGGACUCAGACGAGCCAGGAUUCGAGCUACCGUCACACAACAGCACGAUCGAGGUUUGUGUAACGCAGCCUUCUGGUCCGGAUCUGCAGGCCAGCGGUUCGGGCGAUGAUAUCGAGCUUGCAGAAGAUGGUCAGCUGCUGAGUAUGGAAGAGCAGAUGGAUAAGCUGGGGAAAGGAAUGACGGUGAAGGGUGGACGUCCGAGUAUGCAGGCGAUCGUGGGUGAGACUUUUAGCAAGGGAACCAGGAUAGCCGUUCUUGCGUGUGGGCCGAAGGGCUUAACAGAGGAGUUGAGGAGUGUGGUGGGGUUGUGGAUUGGAAAAGGUUAUGAUGUAUAUUAUCAUGAAGAGAGCUUUGGAUGGUGAUGGACUACUAACGUAGAACAUGGCCAGGGUAAUUCCAGACAGAUUUGC